UCAGCACGUGAUUUGUGAUGUUCAGGGUCGAAGUUGAAGGAAGGUAAAGACCUGAUGGUGAAGACAUGAUGAGCGCGGAGGGGGAGCGGAUGGACAGUCUGGACGGAUGGGUCGCCAUUAAAAGCGACAUAUUUGAGGACAGAGAGACUCAGAACAUCCGGUUUCUGGUGCAGUGGAGCGACACGGAGUCCAAGUUCGCGGUGAUUUGUCACAACAGAACUCUUCAGCAGAGGAGGAGGAAAAUGAUGAAGGUUGAGGAGGAGCAGGACGGCUGGGCCGCCAUGUUCUCCGCAUCAGAGCUGAGACACAUCCACCAGCAGCUGAGCGGCUCCGGGGACGCGCUGUCCGGCUUCCUGCCCGAUCUCUCCGCCUUCAGCCGGCCCGGAGUGUGGGACAUGCUGCUGAGGAGAACCUGGCAGGAGCAGCAGCAGGAGCGCGACGUGGAGAUGGUGUGUGUGCAGCUGGAGAGGUAUUUCAGCACCGCGGUGGAUGUGUGCGGAGUUAAAAUCCUGCUGGAGACUUUAUUCCCUCAGGAGGAAGAAGGAGAGGAGGACAAGUACUGCGAGAACCUGCAGGAGUUUAAGAGGAGAGCCAUGGAGGAGCAGGUCAGGAGAGCCAAGGACACGGUGGACACGAUCAUACAGAGUCACCGUGCCACAGCUGGACUCGUGCAGCUGAUGAAGAUCUACGAGGAUGAGGAUGAGGCAUACGGCGAUUUGGUUACCAUGGCAACGCAGUUUUAUCAGCACCAACUGCAGCCAUUCAGGGAUAUGAGAGAGCUGUCGACUUUACGCACCAUGGAGAUUCAGAAAAUACUGCAGCUGCAGGAGCUCGGUCCGAAGCGAGUGUGUGAGUUGGAGAGAGAGUCAGAAGAGUGGAGCAGGAGGGCGAACGAGGCCGUGUGUUCCAUCCAAGAUGUCACUGUGUGUUACUUUACUGAGACGACAACAGCCCUGUCAGGCAUGCUGAAACAGAUGGAGGCGGACCGUAAGAGAUUUGGCCACGCCUCCUGGGCUGUAGCCACACCCAGGCUGGAGAAGCUCAAAUUUCUACUGGCUAAAGAGACACUGCAGCUCAUGAGGGCGAGGGAGAUGUGUGUGAACCGCCGGAAAGACGAAAUCAAGGAGAAGAUGAGUGGUGUGUGUGACGGGGCGAGUGUGUGUGACGUGGACGUGUUGGAGCUGCAGUAUUACGAGGCUCAGCUGGAACUCUACGACUGUAAACUAGAGAUCCUGAAAAACGAGGAGCUGCUUCUGCUUGCACAGAUACACACACUGCAGAGACAGAUCAAAGAACUAAAAGAGGAGGUGGUGUAUUACGAUGCAUGUGAAGACCCUUUGGAGCUUCAGUGUAUGCAGACAGAUGCUAGCCCCGCCCACUCAGGUGGUAACUCCACCUACUCUCAUCUACAGCAACAGCUACUGCAACUGGACAGGAAGAGAGCAAUGACCUCAUCACGCAGAGCUACACUACGCAACCGGAAGGAGAGGUGUGUAGAAGCACAUGAGCUCCAGCAGAGGGCAGCGCAGCAGAGAAUCACUCAACACCAACAACACCACGCUGUGCACCAGAAGCGAGAGAAGAAGAGGGAGGAGGAGGAGAAGAGGAAGGAGUGGGUGCAGAUGGAGAGAGAGAGAACACUCAGCCGACUCCGUUCCUUCAGAGAGAGAGGUCAGGGUCAGUUCAUGGUGAAAACCCAGCGCUCCAGCAAGCCCCGCCCUCCUGACUUUGCCAGCAAUGACUCUGACCAACCUAUGUCAAUCACACUGACUACACCUAGCCAAACAGGUAGCCACGCCCCCACGCUCAGAGGGAGGGGGCGGGGCCAGAAGCAGAGGGAUAUCCCAGUGCACAUUCUUUUACCCCCAGGUGCAGGAGGGGUGGGGCAAGAGCGGACGUUAACUCCUCCCCUUCACCCGCCUCCUCCCCCUCCUCCUCCUCCUCCACUUUACCUGCCUCCACCCCCUCCUCCACCUCCGCCCCCUGCAGUAGCACCACCCCUUCUAUCAGCCCCGCCUCUUCCACUCAAGGACAAAGAACUGUCUGGAAUUCCUACCGCAGGAUCGAUGGACGACGUUCUGGCGUCGCUGCAGAGGGGGCGUGUUCACCUGCGUAAGGUCACGCCCAAUCCUCAAAGCGUUUCCAAGGAGGCCGGAAACUUUAGAGACAGUUUGCUAUCAGCUAUCCGUCAGGGCGUGACCUUAAAGAAAACCCCGCCCCCUGCAGGCCCCACCCGCUCUCAUGACUCUGAGCUGGAGCAAAGCAUCAAGGCGGCCAUGAUGAGGAUGAAGAACGUCUCUAACGAGUCUGACGACGAAGAACGUCCACACACACCGCUGGAAGAGUGGGACAGCUAGGAGUGUACACACACACACACACACACACACACGGCUAUACUGUGUUUGAAAAUGUAGCCAUGUGAAUGUUACGAAAAAAAUAUAGCACUUUAAACUACACUAGAAAGAAAAGAAUGGAAUGAAACUGACUGUAUUUUGGGGUUUGAUUUUUUCCCUUUUGUGUUUAUUUACAUCAGAAAUAAAUCUGUAGAGUCAGAUGGAGUUUAAUGAGAUACUGAGGGUUAUUUUAAUAAUUAAAGUUAUGGGGAACGCUGGCUAGAUAAAACCUCAAUCAGCUCAUGAGCUUCUCUCCUUUCUUCAGCAUUAUUUUGCGUUUUGAACUUUCAUUUUAACUUUAAUGAAGUUUCAGUAAUUAUUUUAAUAAAACAUACCAACUUCU